UUCAGAUAUGUUGCAAUCGUCUCAUUCAAGCUACCAUUCACAGACCAGUGGACCACCAGGCAUAGGAUUAAGACUGCUUAACUCUCCGAAUACGGUUUCUGGUAUGGUGUCAUAUGACCAGCAGCAUCAAAACCAAUCCCAGUUUCAGAUGCAGCAAAGGUCUGGUUUAAAUCAGUCAUACACUGAUCAGGGAGUGAAGUCUAUGCAGUCUGCACAAGCUGCUUCGGACUCUUUUGGUUUUCUUGGUUUGUUAAGUAGAAUUAGGGAUCCUGAUUUGAGAUCUCUUGCACUUGGAAUUGAUUUGACAACACGGGGGUUGAACUUGGACUCAACCAAAAAUCUUAGCGAGACAUUUGGUUCCCCUUGGUCUGAUGAGCCUGCUAUGGGUGACCCAGAGUUCACUGUACCACAAUGCUAUCAUGCUAAACAACCACCUGCCUUAAGCGAAUCGUAUUUUCUGAAGUUUUCAAUGGACACUUUGUUUUAUGUUUUUUUCAGCAUGCCAAACGACGAAGCUCAACUAUAUGCUGCAAAUGAACUAUACAACAGAGGUUGGUUUUAUCACAGAGAGCUCCGGCUAUGGUUAACAAGGGUUGACAACAAGGAACCGCUUGUGAAGACUAACACUUGCGAGGGAGGAUCUUAUAUCUGUUUUGACCCAAGCACUUGGGAAACAACCAACAAGGAUAAUUUGCUUGUUCAAUAUGACAUGCUGGAAGAAAGGCCAACCCUACCUCAACAUUAACUCAUAGUUCGCAGCUUACGAGUGUAAAGUUUCAACCCAAACUGCUUUUGUGGUUAGUUCUUAUAGUGGGAUUCAAAAUGCUUUUGUAGUUAUCCUUUAGCUGUGAUCUUCAAAUGCCAGAACCUUUUGAGUCAAGUUGAUAUCAUUUCUCUUGCUCAAAAUUAACAGCCCAAAGCUACCAUGCUCGAGUUCAUUGUAUACUUUGGUUAUUUUGGAAGGGUGUGAGGAUUUGCACU